CGGCGCGUGGGGCUACGCUCGGCGAGCUGCGGGCCCGGCGAACAUGAUCAUCCCGGUCAGGUGUUUCACGUGCGGCAAAAUCGUCGGAAACAAGUGGGAAGCUUAUCUCGGCCUCCUGCAGGCGGAGUAUACGGAAGGAGAUGCCCUGGAUGCCCUUGGUUUGAAGAGAUACUGCUGCCGCAGGAUGCUCCUAGCCCACGUGGAUCUGAUUGAGAAGCUUUUGAAUUAUGCACCUCUGGAGAAAUGAGAGUCUACUGCCCCAGUCACCAACUUCUUUCAAGGAAAUAAAUGAAGGAUGAAGUCCACUUCAGAAUUAGAGAUUAAAAAUGUAGAUUUUUCUCUUUAAUUCAGUGCACAGAGGUUGUUUUUAGGUUUUUUUUUUUUUGUGUAACUUUUAGAUGCUUCUGCCAGCAAAAAUAAAUGUGUGUUUUAUGAAAUAUAAUCAUCUGUACACAUAAAAUGUUGAACAUAAAAUGUUGAACUAGA